AUGUUUACCAGGCUUGGGACACCAGAGGAGGAACGAGAGGUCUGCAUUCUCAAGGGGUAUGCGAUAAGGACUUCCAGAGGUGACAUCAAACGGUUUCUGCGCCUUAUGGAAUACAGGAUGCUUCCAAAGCAUAUAAAAAGAAUCAAGCAGCGCCAUGGGGACCUGCUUGUACUUGUUGACGUUGUGGAGGAUGAAGAUCCUAUAGGCGAUGUCAUGAGUCUUGUAAUGAAGAUGACUAAAGAGGGAUUUGGAUCAGAACUUUCUUCUGGAGACCCAACCUCUCUUAUUGAAACAGUGAGUAUUCCUAAAUAUCAGCCAUUAACAGAUGUCCAGUACAUAGAAAGCACAGCUCUCUGGCCAUGCAUCAGGUCGUCCAAGCCUACAGAAGAGCUAGAUGCUGAGUACACUAAGAAUAUGGUGAGAGAGAUAAUAUCAAGAAGGAGUACUCCAAUAUGCUGCGGGCCCUGCAUCAUAGCAGAUGGAGAGAAAAUAUUGUCUGCACAUGAGGACACCGACAAUGUUUUGGGCCAUUCAAUACUGAAGUGUGUCGAAGAAGUUAGCAAGGCCCAGAUAUCUUACCUGUGCACGGGCCUUGAUGCAUUUAUAUUCAGAGAACCCUGCUUGUCAUGCUCGAUGGCGUUUGUUCAUGGGAGGAUAAAAAGGGUUUUCUGCAUCAAUAAGGUUUCUGAAGGACCUUUUUCGAGCCUUAAAAUCAAUUAUAACAGAAGCCUGAACCACAGGUAUCCUGUUUAUUUCAUGAAUGAAGACUGCAAAGACAUUCAGCAUAUAAAAGACUGUGGAAAGGGCUCCUCCAAUAAAUAA